AUGAAAGUGCAUACGCCGUCGAUGAUCCUUCAAAAUUCUGAGGAUCCAGUACCAUAUGUUCUCGGUCGUACUCAUAACUGUAUCAGUGAGUGGCUUAAAAUCUGCCACGAGGACAUCCUGCAGCCACCGAAUGUGGAAAUCCCAAAUACACUUCAACUACAAGCUAACCGUUCAUCUGGAGUGGAUAAAUUAACGAUGGCCAUUGUCACCGUCACCUCCUCCACUUCCACGACCCUCUUCCCCACCGCCACCUCCGCAGGCUCCAUAACCCACCACCAGUCUCUCCACUUAAAUACCAAGCUACCGUUCACAAAAUCCACCUCCAAAUCCAUUCGACCUAUCACCAGGCUCCACGUUUCCUCCACGCCCUCCACCACCACCUCUUCCAAAAAAGCCACCGAAGAAACCAUCUUUUUCGAUGGCGGAGCCCACUAUGGAGACCUCAUAGCAAACCUUCUACUGGGUUUCACUCUUCUUUGGCUUCCUUUAACCCUAGCAGCAGUUUUAAGGGCCUUUUAUUUGAGAUACAGGUUUACAAAUUUGAGAGUCAGUGUUAUAUCUGGAUUAACUGGGCAGGACAGAAGUGAUUUUUCGUAUGAAGUGAUCAAAGAUGUUCAGGUUGUUCCAAGAUUUAUUGGUGAGUGGGGUGACAUUAUCAUCACAUUGAAAGAUGGAACCAAGGUGGAUUUGAGAAGUGUGCCUAAGUUCAGAGAAAUUGCUAAAUAUUGCCUUUCCAUGGCUGAGAAGCCUGCUGUUUUGAAGGAAACUGGGCCUAAAGGGUUUUGA